UCAUUUGAGGUUUAGCAGUGGACGCGUUCAGCAGUGCGGCGCUGCGGUUCAAAUCGCCCUUUAUUCGUCCGAGUUUAUUUUUGUGUAUUUGAAGUUUUCGUCGAGUGGUUGAAGUUCCCGUGAUUAUUGAAAAACGGCAUUCGACGCUCACGGAGUCCUGCAGUAGCGUAGAGGACACGGCUGCAUGAGAUCCUUUGGAAGGAAAGGGUUCCUUUGGAAAUCUCUUGUGUAAGCGGCACGUCGAAAGCCUCUCUGCCUGCCGCGUCGCCCGUCGACGCCGAACGUGACGGGCAUAAAAUCCGUCAGCGCAGCAGCAGAGAGUAAUCCGGACUGAAAAACAUUCACUGGCUCUUCGACUGACCCUUUCACUGAAGGCUCGCUGGCUGGUUGGCUGGAUUCUCUCUCUCUCUCUCUCUCUCUCUCUCUCUCUCUCUCUCUCUCUCCCUGUCGGCUGCCCCAAGCCAGCAGCAGCAACAGCAGCAGGUGGAUAGAAACAGUAGUGGUCAUAAUCACGCCGGAGUAGUACAUACACAGAAGGGCGCCGCUUCUCUGGGAGAUUAUAGUUUGCCUAUUUGCUCCGCGUGUUCUCGAAAGUUGGUGUGACUUGAGCCUGAUUUUGCAGGCUCGUCUCUUCGUGGUUUCCCUUCGAAGCCAACUUGAAUUUUAUGUCCGUUGACUGUCCAUAAAAGAGUUUUCAGCCGAAGGUUUAAAGAAGAAGGAGACGAAGAAAUAAGUGUACUGACCGGUGCAUGUUUCAUAAUCCUACGAAAAACGCAGCCUAGUUUCUCGUAUGAGGGAAAUUAACAUUUUUAAAAUGUUACAAAGAGUGGUAUCUGUAACUUCAUGAACUGUUCAGUCGGUAGGAAAUAAAUAGGGAUUAUAAAAACGAAAAGAAUCCUCUGGCCGAAACCAUGAAUCACUGAAUAUCCUACUACGUCACUGUGGGACGCUGUGAGAAAGCUUUCGAAGGAUCCCGUUUGACCCAGAAUGAGUUUCUGGGUUUUGACAGCUCUGCAACGAAACAUUACCAACCUGGCCCACGUCUGCAAGCGAGAUGUGGACGAGAAUAACAAGUAUCCUGAUACUGCUGGCGGCGCUGACGGACCCAGGGGCGGCUGUGCCCGCCCGGGAGAGGCAGCUGAAGCCGUGCCCAGCGGGCUUCGAGGCCGUGGUGGUGGACGGAAAGCAGGACUGCGUUUGUGCGGACUACCACGUCUACUGGCCAGGGACGGGGCUCUGCUACCCGGAGUUCACAAGGGGGCCUUGCGGACAAGGUCAACAGCUUGUGGCUAACGAGACGGGUCACGCCGAAUGCAGAUGCCCUGGUUUCUGGACACGGUGGACAGACGGCGCUUGCUACCAGGAGUACACCCAAGGUCCAUGCAAAGUCGGCGAGCUCUUCAUGGGCAGAACACCCGCAGGUGCUGGUUUCUGUUCCUGCUCUCCCGAACUGGUCAUGCACUACUUCCGCGCUGACGGGCGAUGCUACCCCCUGUACGAGCAGGGUCCUUGCCCCAAAGGCCACCUUCUGAAGUUCGAUUACCGGACCUUGGAGCCCGUCUGUGAAUGCCGCGACGGGUACAUGCUGGAAGAAGACGGCUCCUGCUACGAACUGAACACAGCCGGUCCCUGCGAUCAGACCGCUUGCGACGAUGGAAUCAACUGCUACCUGCGCAACCUCGACACCCUGAAGACGGAAUGCAAAUGCCUGCCUGGAAAUGUGACCACGGCUGAUGGGCACUGCUUCGAGCCUUAUUCCCGAGGCCCUUGCCAGCACGGAGACUGGCUCGUCUUCUCCCAGCCCGGCGUCGCUGUCUGCAAGCCCAAGACCCAGUGCACGCGUUAUGACAACUGGUUCUUCUGGACUCCCGACCAACGCUGCUACCGCCAGUACUCUCGUGGGCCCUGCCCAGCAGGUCAGCUGUUCUACCUCGACCCCAACACUGGCGAACCAGGCUGCCAUUGCCGCAAGGACUGGACGCCUUACUUCUGGGCCGAAGACGAUUCUUGCUACGAGCAGCAUUCGAUUGGCCCCUGUCCCUCCGGGAUGUACUUCAGCUUUAACCAGACCUCCAUGAAGACCGAGUGCAACUGCUUCACCUCCCACGUCCUACACGGAGAUUCCGCCACUUGCUACGAGCGCCUGACGCGCGGCCCUUGCCCAGAGGGCCAGUUGGUCGUCGAGGAUUCUGAUACCCACCGCUUAUCCUGUGACUGUCAUGCGGGCAUGACUACCCAUUACUGGAGCGAGGAUGAGAAGUGUUACCAACACUUCUUGCAGGGUCCUUGUGCUGAGGGCGAGACCUUCAGGAUAGAUCAAGCCACGGGAACCCCAUCUUGCAUUACUUGGGGUUAACCCCAGUUGCAUUUGACUGCCGUACAUAAGUACCUUCGUUUACAAGAAUAGCACUGACACAAACAUUGUUUCGGAGUAUUAAGAUAAAAUUAUCUUUUUUUAAAAUGACCACUGAACUGUAUUACACUGAUUUUAAGUUUUUUUCCCUUGUGAAUCUGUCACUGAUAAGCCUUAUUUCAACGACCACUUGAACCCAAACGAAGAUUUUCCUUAUAAACACCAUUUACAGAUUAUCAAUGUGUCAUUACAUUAAGGUUCAUAUUUUCAUAUGAAAAAAAAACUCACACACAUGUAUGUGAAUGCUAUUACUUUUCAUGAUAUUUUAUUUACAUCAGAGUUGUUGACCUGCAUCUUCCUAUAGAUCAUACACACAGGUAUUUUAGUUCAAUGAUAAUACCUUUUGGUUCCUAUGGCAUUGCUUGUUUUAGGGUGCAAGGUGGUCUGUUGCUGUAUAUACUGUACAGAAAUAAUUCCAGAUGGUUUCACAGAAGCUCACUGAUUCCAGAGGAAUCCAGGACCAUUCCAUAGGAAUCCAGGACCAUUCCAGACAUUCCAAACAAAUGUUAACGUGAAUUAUUUUUAUUUAUUUAUGUGGAACUUCCCAAGUCUGGAAUCGGUGACCUUGUGAAACCAUCUUGGAAAUGUCUUCGCUUGUAGUUUGCCUUUUGUUUCAUAUUCUUUUUUUGCAGACAUAAGGAACCGGUACUCAUUUUGUACAACGUCUUUGGAGAUUUCUGAUCAUAUUUCUUUUACACAUAAGAUUUUUUUCAGCUUAUUUAUGUGAUUUGAAGAAAAUUGUUUUAGUCUCUGCAGUGAGUAAAUCAGGAAAACCUUCUCACUCUCUCUUUCUCUCCAGAUGAGGGUGGAACAGAGACAUAUAUAGUUUUAUACCUCUUAGAAAAAUGGUGUGUUGCUUCCUGAAGGUCUGUACCAAAUUCUCUCUCUCUCUCUCUCUCUCUCUCUCUCUCUCUCUCUCUCUCUCUCUCUCUAUUGUGAAAAUAUCCCUACCAUACUUGAGUGGGGCCAAAGGCAGUCAGCCACCACGAGGCUUCUUGUUAACAAUUUCUGUUUUUUAUUUUUUAUUUUUUUCAUCAGUCACUAAUUGGGAUAGAUACUAGAUCUUGUUGGUAGUCUUUGCUUGCGUCACUUCCGUAAAACUGAAAGGGAAACUGUGAAAAUAUUAGGGUACAUCCCGAGUGGUUCCUGACAGCAGUCAUUGCAUUUCCCCAACGAGAUUAUUGGUUGUAAACAGCUUACAUUUUCGUUCUUGUAAUGUUCCUCUCGACUAGAGCCAAACUAUCUGAAUUCACACUAUAAAGGACUGACAAUCAAGGGGCCUUGAGAUGACUAUUGUCAAGAUACAUUUUACCACAAGGAAUAUUUUAUGAGUGGAUUUUCACGUCCUCUCAAUGUGCAAUGCUGUGUUAGGGAUGCCAGCCAUGACGGAUAUACAUCCACAUACAGGAACUUAUUAUUUAUGUCAGCUAGCCAUGAAUAUAUUUUCCGCUGUGUGACAGUAAGUACUGCGCUUAUUGCCAGUAGUGAAGCCCUGUUUGUUUCCUCCUCUCCCCUCCCCCUCCCCUUCCCCUAGGUUUUGCACAUUGAAUAGAUGCAAAUUCUGAUUCUUAAACAGUCUCAGAAGAUGAUUUGUUGAAUAAGAUGAUACAAAAGGGGUUGCAUAGCUUAACUAAUCACAGAUAUGUAGCUGUUCUUGGUAAUUAUACACACAUUUAUAUUAUGUGUAAGAAAGGAAAUUUUAGGCUAUUUAUUUAAUUUUUCUCAUCAUUCAUCCAUGUGAUUUAUUUUUAUUCAUUUCCUUAUUUGCGAUUAGAUUUUUAUCAUAUAUUACUUUCGCAAACUCGCUACGACCAAAUAGGAGAUCGUGUCGGACUUUUUAAUUAUCAUUCUCUGAGCAAAGGCAAGAAAGAAAAUUUGCAUGCAGAUUUAAUAUUUCAGAAAUGCAUAUUUUUUUCAGACUUUUUUUCAUUAGAUUAGUCAUCCUUUUGAUAUUGCCCUUAGCUUAUUCAUCAGUUUAUUCAUCUUUCGCCCCCCUCCCCACCCCACCCCUAUUCCCUACCUCCUCCCACCCAAUUUCAACCUUGAGCAAAGGCUCUGAAGACAAAAUUCCAGUCUUCGUCCCUACCUAUUUAUGCAAUAUUGAUUGUCCAUUUCACUGGUACAGAAGCGAGAUGUGCGCGUGCGUGUGAGUGCGUCUGCUUGUCUUUUGUGUGUGCGUGUGUCUGUGUAAGAGAGAAUGUAUAGGCUUGUAUGAAAGUGUGUUUGAAAAGUAAAAAAAGAUAUCUGUAUUGUUGAAUUAAAAGCUUCACGCCCCUUACGUUACUGAAGCUUUCUUAUUCUGCUCCUUCUUCUUCUCCUUCUUCUCUCUGGUUAGUUUUAAGCUGUUAGUGAACUCUCUGGAGAGCCGUUGAAUAGAUUAUUUUUAACUUAAUUUUACGAAGUGUUAUGUGAAGUAUCCAACGUGAGCAGGAUACAGAUGUGUGUGUUGCGUUUCUCCCAACACUGUGAGGAUCAAAUUAUCACUCCAGAGAAAAACUAUAUAAGGAUGUUGCUUCAACAUUUCCAAUUUGUUUUGGAACUAGUGCGUCGUUAUGAUCCGCUAGGCCUACAAUUAUUAUAUUAUUUUGUUUUGCUAUUGGACAAAUAUUAUUAUUUUCUUUUGAGAUUCUGACCAAGGGGUCUUUCCUGUCCUCUCUUGUCCAGAGACGCGGGUGGCCCCGUCAUGUUAGGAAGCACAAAAAGCGUUUGUGAUAAAUAUUCCCGAAUAAAUAAAUAAAAAAUACCACUUCUA